UUCUGGCAACCCCCAAGCAAGGUCGGAAGAGCUGUCGACAUCAUGGUGUCACCCGAUCGCGACUUCGACUUCUUGGAAUCCGUAAGCCGACCUGGACUCUCCAUCGAAACAUGGAUUCCCAAUGUGCAAGAGCGAAUUGACGAGGAGGCCGCAGAAAUGACCCGGGUCAGGCCAAAUGCCGGUUUCAACUAUGAUGAAUACCAUACAUACGACGAGAUUAACGCAUGGAUGGAUGACUUCGUCAGUCAGAAUAGUAAAGUUACCAAAAUAAAGGUCUCCAAGACCUACGAGGGUGUAACUGUUUACGGUCUGCAGUUCAAGAAGAAUUUUGCCGCUAAAAAGAUAGCCUACAUCGAAGGUGGUAUCCAUGCUCGAGAGUGGGUCAGUCCUGCUACCAUGAUGUACAUGGCGAAGUUCUUUGCUGAGGAUUACGACACAGACUCGACAGUAAAGAGCAUGUUGGAUAACUUUGUGUGGAUCAUUGUACCCGUCCUCAACAUCGAUGGAUACAAGUACACCCAAACAGAUCGUAUGUGGCGUAAGAAUCGACACACCGUGGGUACCUGUAAAGGAGUGGACCUCAAUAGAAACUUUGAUCACAUGUGGAAGAAACGAAAUUUCUGUGACGACACAUAUCCAGGAACAGAAGCGUUAAGCGAGCCAGAAACCUCAGGAGUGAACGACUUUUUGCUGCCUCAGAAGAACAAUCUUGUUCUCUUCAUUGACUUCCACGCCUACGGUCAAUUGUGGCUCCAUCCUUGGGGUCACACGGGCUCGGUAAUCUGGAAUCCAGAUAGGACUGAGCAGAGAAGAGUGGCCGAUAUUACUGAGGCAGCCAUUAAUGCGAAUGGAAAGCCAUACGACGUCGGAGAAUCCGGACCUGAUAUGUACCCAGCCAGCGGGGCCAGCGAAGACUACGGUUACGGCUCGCUCGGUGUGGUAUACAGCUACGUGGUCGAGCUCCGAGACACAGGGCGAUAUGGCUUCCUGCUCCCGACCUCACUGAUCAACCCGACUGCUGAGGAGAUCUAUGCAGGCAUGAAGGCACUCGGCACUGAGCUCGUCAAGAAAUACGCUUAGAGACGUACACGUCUUAAACAAAACAAAAAUAUGAUUUAGAUCAUACGAUAUUAUUUAGUAACACGUUUGAAAUAUAUUGAUUUAACCAAAACGAUUUACUCUGCAAUAUGUUAGAGACUCGUUAACACUAAUAUCGAGAAUGAAAAGCAAAAUCAAAAUUGAAACUGUUUUUUUCCUUGAUAUCAUUUUGAUCUAAUAUCAGAUAAAAAAUGGCUAUCAACUUCAUGAUAACCUUCAGGCCUACUGAUAUAUUUGGUGAGAUAGUACAAAAUAUCUGGGACUCUCCCAAAUAUACAGAAAUAUGACAACAAACAACUUGAAACGUACACACACAAAAUCCACCUGAAAUUAUGUUCAUUAAAUUCGUCAAAAUGUACUCUUAGGAGGUCCGUGAUUAAAAACAAAUGAUGAGAAGAUUA